AUGGACAAGGAUGACUGCAUCACACAACAGGCCAAAAGACCAAAAUAUGAUUGUCUUCUUUUUGAUUUAGAUGAUACUUUGUAUCCCCUCAAUUCAGGUCUUGCAAAUGCAAUUCUCCAAAAUAUUAAAGACUACAUGGUUGAGAAGCUUGGCGUAGAACCAAGUAAAACUGAUGACUUGACCAAUCUCCUUUACAAUAACUAUGGAACUACAAUAGCUGGUUUAAGGGCAAUUGGAUAUGACUUUGACUAUGAUGAAUAUUACAGUUUCGUUCAUGGGAGAUUACCUUAUGAGAACUUAAAACCAGACCCAGUUCUGAGGAAUCUGUUACUCAGCCUGCCCUAUAGGAAACUUAUAUUCACAAACGCAGACAAAAUCCAUGCGGUUAAGGCACUUAAAAGGCUUGAGUUGGAAGACUGCUUUGAAGGAAUUACAUGCUUUGAGACCCUUAAUCGUAUCCACAAGAGCAUUGCUUCUGAUGAUGAAGAUGACAUUGACUCUCAAAUCUUUGACAUUAUAGAUCAUUUUGCUCAGCCCGAUCCCAGUGCAGUCCUACCAAAGACACCAAUUCUGUGCAAACCAUCUCAACAUGCCAUUGAAUUAACUCUUGAAAUAGCCAACCUUAACCCACAAAGAACCUUGUUCUUUGACGAUAGUGUUCGCAACAUACAAGCUGGAAAACGUGUGGGUCUUCACACUGUGUUGGUUGGUAGAUCCCAAAGAGUGAAGGGUUCAGAUUAUGCUAUUGAAAGCAUCCACAACCUUAGGGAGGCAGUGCCUGAACUAUGGGAGACUGAUAUAAAAUCAGAGGUUGUAUGCUCUAGAACUGGGAAGCUGGCUGUGGAGACAUCAGUCAUAGCAUGA